AAAAAAAUUAUUUUCAAUUUCAAUGAUGUACAUUUUGAUUUGAUAAUUAAUUAUAUAAUGCAUAAAAUAUUAUUUAUACCGUUUGACGGGGCCGGACAUGUAAACUCGGUCAUAGCUAUGUCACAGGUGCUGAUGAAAUCGGGACACAAAUGUACAGUCGGUAUCAAUAAUCUAUGGAAGGGUAAAAUGGAAACGUAUGGCAUCAGAGAGAUACUGUGGUCGCAGGAAAAUAGAAAAAAUGCCGAAUCGGGUGUCAAAUACUGGGGACUGGGACUGAUAGAGUCGGGUAUUAUUGGACCGGCCGAUGCCUGGGAAAAGUUAGACAUACAUUUGAAAUGGGCGGAAGCUUUCUAUGAAAGUCAACAUUUUAUUGACGGCUUUGUUGAACAAGCAAUACGUGAUGUCGAACCCGACGUCAUACUAGUCGAUCAGUUUGGGACACUUAUGUCGGUUAUGAAAUCGGGUAUACCCUGGGUAUUGGUAUGCACUUGUAAUCCGCUUUGUUAUUUAGACGAUGAUAGGACACCACCGUUUUUUUCUGGAUUACCAAUAGCGGGUCCCAUCAGUGAAUGGCAAAGAUUUAGAAAUAUAUAUAAAAAGGGAAUUCAAGAAUCAUGGGAUCGGAUGAAUGCAUUGGAAAUAGCAAACGGUUUUCCGCCCUUAAAGUUCCCAAAAUAUAUCAACGAUUCUAAAUAUCUUAAUAUAUAUGACUAUCCAUUGGAAUUGGAUUAUCAAGACGUACGGCCACUACCAGACAAUUGGUAUCGUUUUGAUAAUUUUAUGAGAAAUGAUCAACACUUGCCGUUUGAAUUACCGAAACAAUUGCGGGAUAAACCGGGAAAUCUCAUAUAUUUUUCGUUGGGUUCAAUGGGAGGCGCAGAUGUUGAUAACAUGAAACGCUUAGUCGGUAUACUUGCAAAAUCUCAGCACAGGUUUAUUGUAUCGAAAGGACCGUUAGGUGAUGAGUAUGAUUUACCUGAUAAUAUGUGGGGUCAGCCAAGUGUACUACAAAUCAAUGUCUUGCCAUUAGUUGAUUUGGUUAUAACUCACGGCGGAAACAAUACUAUUACUGAAACGUUUUCAUUUGGCAAACCUAUGAUAGUUAUGCCACUGUUUAGCGAUCAGUACGAUAACGCACAGAGAGUCGAUGAAAAAGGUUAUGGUAUACGACUCGAUGCCUACAAGUGCUCUGAAGAGGAACUAUUGAGAGCUAUUGAAAAACUAUUAAAUGAUAAUAUUUUAACUGAAAAAAUGCAAAAAAUAUCACAAAGAAUUUGUUGGGAAAACAGUUUAACAAAAUUACCUAAACUUUUGGAAAAUUUAGUUGAAAAGUAUGGUUCAAAUAAUAAUUAA